UGUUCUCAGAUUAAACUUAAAAGUCUCCCAAAAUGGUUAAAUCUGCAACUGUUGAAGUCCCGAUGCAAGUAUACUCCAAGCUUCUUAAGAAUUGAUGUAGCAUCAGCAAGAACUUAAAAUAACAGAUUUUUAGCUUUAUCUUCUUUCCUAGCAAGAAUAGGAAAAUAAAUAAAGUAUAAAUAUUGGUUUUUUCCUUCGCAUUCUUCCUCAAAUUUUACUUACUUUUACAUGAUCAAACCCGUACAUAUUCUUCUAUGUCACUGCUUAUGUAAACCUUUUUCUUUUUCUUUUUUAUUUUUUUUUUCUUUUUUUGAGGGAGAAAUGCUUUUGUAAACUUGUACUAAAUCCUUCCACAUAUGAACCAUCAAACCCAUGAUCCUUUUUGGAAGAUGUAUCAUCAUGAACCUUAACUUCCUCAAUGGAGCUCCCAAUGGCCUAAAACAGCAAUAUAUUUUUUGUUUGAUUAAAAGUUAGAGUGAACAAAGUAAGAGGAUUCAAUGCGCCGGUUUAGGCUUUUCAGAGGGAAAUUGGAAGGUCCUUGGUGGAUAAAUAAUGGUGUAGGAGCAGCAGCAAUUGGAGUUGUUUUGAUUGCUACUUCGUUACUUGUUGGUCCGUCAUGGGGUUGUCACAUUCCAGCAAUCUACAACUUUGGCGAUUCAAACUCAGAUACAGGCAGUGUCUCAGCAGCAUUUCGUCGGCUACCCCCUCCAUAUGGUGAGACUUUCUUUGGUAAACCUUCUGGUCGGUAUUCUGAUGGGCGUCUAAUCAUUGACUUUAUAGCUGAGAAGUUGGGGCUUCCCUUCUUGAGUGCAUAUCUUGAUUCUAUAGAACCAAACUUUAGACAUGGAGCAAAUUUUGGUGCAAGUGGGUCUACAAUCCAGCAAACUGAUGCCAAAUUAUUUGGGGCAGGUUUUAACCCCUUAUCUCUCAAUAUACAGCUUUUGCAGUUUGAACAAUUUAAAGACCGUACCAAGGAGCCAUUCAACCAAGCUAAAAGUUCUUGGAUUAAAAAUAACCUCCCAAGGCCAGAGGAAUUCUCAAAGGCCCUUUACACAUUGGACUGUGGACAAAAUGAUCUUCAUUUUGGACUUGUACAAACUACAGAGGAGCAAGUGCGAGCAUCCAUCCCCAAUAUAAUUGAUAUGUUUGCUGUGGCUGUAAAGAAACUCUACCAUGAAGGAGCAAGAACAUUUUGGAUACAUAAUACCGGUCCCAUUGGUUGCUUGCCUUUUUUUGCUGUAUGGAAUCGUCCAAAACAUUUUAAGUCUGAUCAAAACGGCUGCAUAAAGUCUUACAAUCAGUUGGCUCAAGAGUUCAACAAGCAGCUUAAGGACAAAGUCUUCCAACUGAGGACCAAACUCCACCAUGCAGUGCUCAUCUAUGUUGAUAUCUACACAGCCAAGUACACUCUAAUCAGUGAGGCAGAGAAACAAGGUUUUGUUAGUCCUCUUGGGUAUUGUUGUGGGCAUUUAGGUGUAGCUGAAUGUUGGCAAACAUCAAUAGUAAAUGGAACUGAAGUUUUUGCGGCUUCUUGCAGUGAUCCUUCAAAACACAUAAGCUGGGAUGGCGCACAUUAUACUGAAGCUGCAAACAAAUGGGUAGCUAACCACAUUGUGGACGGCUCACUCUCAGAUCCCCCAAUUCCCCUGAGAAAAUCAUGUCAUAGUUCUCCCUAGCUGAAGUAUGUCACAACCAAGUUAUAGCAUGUGUUAUAGCUCAAAGAUGGUGUCAUUUCUUUUUUCUUGGUGGGAAUCAAGGGAUAAGCAAAGAUGAAAUGGAUAAGUAAGCAAAGAUAAGCAAAGAUGAAAGGACAAGUUCUAGUCAGGACUCAGGUAAGCAAAGAUGAAAUGGAUAAGUAACUGCACAUCAAACAAGCUUUGGAAGACCUGCAACUGCAAGUAUAAAGUUACUCAAAGCUUAGAGACCCUCUUAUAUUAUUAUUAGCCUACACUACGCCCUUUCAAACCUCUUAAGCAUUAGUUACAGAAGUUGUAGUCACAUUCCAUGGUAUGUGCAACAAGGAUUGAUUUUCUUA